AUGAGAGCAGAGCUAGACUACAAUACCGUGAUUCAGCAACUGAACAACGGAGGCCUAGCCGAAGGUACCCAGCGCAAUUAUCAAGUGGCCAUGAACUAUUGGAACAAAUACGCAUCCGAGAACAGCAUUGAUUCUGCAGUUCCCCAUCGAAAACAUAUGAUCGCGUUUUUGGCCCACUGCUUCUUCGAUAACGCACAUCCCAACAAAGUUCGAGCAAUCCGCGCAGCAAUCAACAGCUACGCACGACAGCACGCUAUGCCGUUGAUAUCCGAGGACGACUGGCAACGAUCAAUUCAAGGAUAUGUCAAUCCAUACCAUCGCAUCGGCCGGUAUAAUACUAGUCCAACGAGACCCAAGGUUGAUGCAUCAGGGAUAGUUCGUAUAUUAGACGCUCCAGGUAUUGCUAACGCAUGGAAAGCUUUACUGACCGUCUUCUGGUUAACCGGCGCCAGGAGACAUACAAACCAAACAUUCGCCGCCGACUCAUUCACAUUCAUGUCGGAAACGCACAAACUGCUAAUUGAUCUUAAGAAAAAGAAGCGACAGGAACGAUCUUCCCAGGCCGUGUCAAUUUCCCGACCAGUGGAUGUUACCACAUAUGAGUUCCUCGAUAAAUAUUUGCCCGACGCCUUCCGCCCGCCGUACUUCUGA